AGAAGAAUUCAUCUCAGCAGGGGUCCCGAGGACUGAGGCUCCCACCGCCGUGCCAUGGACCAGCCAGAGCUGCCCGGCCCCGCUCCCGCAGAUGCGGAGGUGAAAUGCGACCCCAACAACAACGAGGAGGACGAGGGCGAACAGUUUGACUUUGACAGCGGAGAUGAGAUCCCGGAAGCGGAUCGAGCUGCUGUGGACGCCUCCGGGGACAGCUGGCCGGGCACAGAUGCCGCCCCCGGCGCAGGGGGUGACGUCGGGAUGGGGACAGCCCCGGAUGCCCUGGUGGAACCUGCGCCACCACCCCCCAGAGUCAACCCCUACUCGGUCAUUGACAUCACGCCCUUCCAGGAGGAGCAGCCCCCGCCCUCAGACGCCGAGGCCGAGGCCGAGAGCGCGAGCCCGCCCGUGCCCAGCGGGUACUCGGUGCCCGUGCCCUGCGGCUACGCCGUGCCCUGCAACCUGCCGCUGCUCCUGCCGGCCUACAGCAACCCCGUGGUCAUCCGUGCCCCGUCCCUGGACGAGGAAGAAACACAGGAAGUAGCACAAGACAGCCAGUUUAAUUCUUUAAGUUCUGAGGAUCCAGCCAACAGUGAGGACCGCGUGCACAAGGAGGACAGCGCGCUCGCCCGGUGGGUCGCAGACCCGGCCAACACUGCGUGGAUGGAGAAUCCAGAAGAAGCCAUUUAUGAUGAUGUGCCAAGAGAAAAUUCUGACUCUGAACCAGAUGAAAUGAUUUAUGACGACGUGGAGAAUGGAGAGGAAGGUGGAAACAGCUCCUUGGAAUACGGAUGGAGCUCGAGUGAAUUCGAAAGUUACGAGGAGCAGAGUGACUCGGAGUGCAAGAAUGGGGUCCCCAGGUCCUUCCUGCGCAGCAACCACAAAAAGCAACUUUCCCAUGACCUAACCCGUUUCAAGGAGCACUAUGAGAAAAAGAUGAGAGCUUUGGUGGCAGACGUGGUGGGAGCCUCAGAGACUCAGCAGCUAAAGCAGAGGCAUGAACCGAAGAUGCAGAAGCUCAUGAAGGCCGCCAAGGAGGGCACCAAGGACGGGCUAGAGAAGACCAAGGCUGCCGUCAAGAGAGGCCGCUCUCUCAUUCGGACCAGGUCCUUCAUGGCUGCAGACCACAGAUCCUGUCUUGAAGAGGAGCAGAAUUUGUUCAUUGACGUUGAGUGCAAGCAUCCGGAAGCCAUCCUGACGCCGAUGCCUGAGGGCCUGUCUCAGCAGCAGGUCGUGAGAAGAUACAUCCUGGGCUCGGUGGUCGACAGCGAGAAGAACUACGUGGAUGCUCUUAAGCGGAUUCUGGAGCAAUACGAGAAGCCGCUGUCGGAGAUGGAGCCAAAGAUCCUGAGCGAGAGGAAGCUAAAGAUGGUGUUCUUCCGAGUGAAGGAGCUGCUGCAGUGCCACGGCAUGUUCCAGAUCGCGCUGGCCAGCCGCGUGGCCGAGUGGGACUCGGUGGAGACCAUCGGGGACGUCUUUGUGGCUUCGUUUUCCAAAUCCAUGGUGCUGGACGCCUACAGCGAGUACGUGAAUAACUUCAGCACCGCCGUGGCCAUCCUCAAGAAGACGUGUGCUACCAAGCCUGCUUUUCUCGAGUUCUUAAAGCAGUGCCAGGAGUCCAGCCCCGACCGCGUCACGCUCUACAGCCUGAUGAUGAAGCCCAUCCAGAGGUUCCCGCAGUUCAUUCUGCUGCUGCAGGACAUGCUGAAGAACACCUCCAAAGGCCAUCCUGACCGGCUGCCGCUUCAGAUGGCGCUGACGGAGCUGGAAACGUUAGCAGAGAAGCUGAACGAGAGGAAGAGAGAUGCCGACCAGCGCUGCGAAAUCAAGCACGUCGCCAAAGCCAUCAACGAGAGAUACCUGAACAAGCUUCUCAGCAGCGGGAACCGGUACCUCGUGCGGUCCGACGAUAUGAUAGAAACUGUUUACAACGACAGAGGAGAAAUCAUUAAGACCAAGGAGCGCCGGGUCUUCAUGCUCAGUGAUGUGUUGAUGUGCGCCACGGUCAGUGCACGCACCUCCGACAGCAGCACCAUAAUGUUAUCGAGCCAGAGGUAUUUGUUGAAGUGGAGUGUUCCUCUUGGACACGUAGAAGUGAUCGAGUACGGCAGUAACGACGGUGCUGGAGAAAGCAGGUGUCCCCCCGUGCACCCGCCCGAGAGCCUGGCAGUGGUCGCCAACGCUAAGCCGAACCAGGUGUACGUGGGGCCGGGGCAGCUGUACCAGGACCUGCAGAACCUGCUGCACGACUUGAACAUCGUCGGUCAGAUCUCGCAGCUGAUCGGGAACCUCCGAGGAAACUACCAGAACCUGAACCAGGCGGUGGCCCACGAUUGGACGGCAGGCCUGCAGAGGCUCAUCCUGAAGAAGGAGGAGGAAAUCCGGGCGGCCGACUGCUGCCGCAUCCAGCUGCAGCUCCCGGGGAAGCAGGACAAGUCCGGGCGGCCCACGUUCUUCACGGCUGUGUUCAACACCUUCACCCCAGCCAUCAAGGAGUCGUGGAUCAGCAACCUGCAGAUGGCCAAGCUCGCCCUGGAGGAGGAGAACCACAUGGGUUGGUUCUGCGUGGAGGAUGACGGGAACCAGAUUAAGAAGGAGAGACACCCUCUUCUUGUGGGACACAUGCCAGUGACGGUGGCCAAGCAGCAGGAGUUCAAGAUUGAAUGUGCCGCCUACAACCCUGAACCUUGCGUGACCAGUGAGGCCCAGCCAGACUCGCUGUCCACGGUGCACGGCUUCCUGUGGAUCGGCAGCUGCACCAGCCAAAUGGGCCAGGUUGCCAUCGUCUCGUUUCAAAACUGCAACCCCAAAGUCAUCGAGUGCUUCAACGUGGAGUCUCGCAUCCUGUGCAUGGUGUUCAUCCCCGCGGAGGAGCGGCCCGUGGAGCCCGAGGCCACUGGGAGGGCUUCAGGCGUGCCCACCGUCUGCCUGGGCACCGAGGAGGGGAGCAUUUCCAUCUAUAAGAGCAGUCAGGGCUGCAAGAAGGUGCGCCUGCAGCAGUUCUUCGCCCCCGACAAGUCCACGGUCCUGAGCCUGGCCUGCACGCCCCAGAGCCUGUACGCCGGCCUGGUCAACGGGGCCGUGGCCGUCUACGGGAAGGCAGAAGAUGGAUCCUGGAAUUCCGAACCUCAGAAAGUGAUAAAAUUAGGCGUCUUGCCGGUUCGCAGCCUGGUGAUGGCGGAGGACAUGUUAUGGGCGGCUUCCGGAGGCCAGGUGUUCACCGUCAACACCGAGACCCACGCGAUAGAGAGCCAGCUGGAGGCCCACCAGGAGGAAGGCAUGGUCGUGUCUCACAUGGUCAUCGCUGGCGUGGGGAUCUGGCUCGCCUUCACCUCUGGGUCCACGCUUCGCCUCUUCCACACCGAGACACUCAAGCAUCUUCAGGACAUCAACGUAGCCACCCCCGUCCACCACAUGCUCCCAGGGCACCAGCGCCUGUCCGUGACCAGUCUGCUCGUCUGCCACGGCUUGCUGAUGGUGGGCACCAGCGUGGGCAUCGUGGUGGCCUUGCCUGUGCCCCGGCUGCAGGGCAUCCCCAAAGUGACUGGAAGAGGCAUGGUCUCCUACCAUGCGCACAAUGGGCCCGUCAAGUUCCUGGUCAUGGCCACCGCCGCCCUCAAGACGGACAAGGACAAGCCCACGGACAGCCCGCCAGCCUGCAUGGACCCCCAGGAGGAAGAGCAGAAGGACGUGCCCCCCGGCGAGGGCCUGAGUCAGGGCAGCCCGGACGCCGUCUGGCUGGGCGCCUCGCUGGGUGCCGGGACGCACAGGAGCGAGGUCUCGUCGUCGUCCGGGUCCCUGACGCCGUCGCAGGGCUCGGGCUCCCUGGAGCCCAGGUCGGAGGAGAGCGUCGUCUAUGAUCUCCUGCGGCUGCCCAGCGUCCUGCCGGGCAGAGGGCGGCGGGCCAGGAGGGCGAAGGCCAGCUCGGUGCUGGUGGUGUGCGGGGGCCAGGGCCACCGCAGGGUGAGCCGGAGGGCCCGGCAGCAGCGGCCCGAGGAGCUGGCCGCCUCUGUCAUGGUGUGGCAGGUGCCGCUGCUGACCGCGUGAGCCCAGGCAAAGCCGUCGGGCCACCUGGCGUCCUGGUACCUGUGGGCUCGCGGAGAGUCCGGCGCACUUGGUAGCACGGAGAUGCCUUGACCAUUCUUAGGACGUCUCCCUCGGCUCAGAGCCGCCGCCUUUACUUCUCCCGCGUGUCUUCAGAUUCCCAAGUAGAGCUCGUGGCGGCGAAGGGGGCCGGUCCGCACACGGCGGGCUCCACUUUCUGUGGUGAGCUGGGAUGUCCGACGUGCGGGGUGUGCUGUGUGUAUAUUUUAACAAAGUAGUGUUUUUAUAUAUUUUUUUCUAUUAAAAAUUAACAGUUAAUGUUUUAGGGAACCAAACGAUCUGUAACGUUUCACAAAUAACAUUUGCUUCGAACCAAAAUGCUCACCCCUUCACCUGCGUGUAGACUCCAGCGUCCACACCAAAAUCCUUCCUCCUCACGUCAAGUGGUAUGGGUGCCUGUGCUGGAAAGCCCACGUCUCCCAGGUGCGCCGGGCGGCCCCUCCGUGGUGCUCGCUGGGGCUGCGGGCGGCUGGCCGUGGGACUCAGGCUGCACAGCUGUCUGCGCGCUGGGUGUCCCGCAGGUGCCCCGGGGCCCACGGGCGUCUUGGGGUGUGCGGGUGAGCGUGAGUCCCCGACGCUCCACGUGGGUUUAUGUAUCGCGUUGUACUUACCGAGUGGUUUACAAACGUUAAUGCGGGCGUCACCGGAAGUAAACUCCUCAGCACUUUACAGAUAAGAAUGCUAACUUUAUGACUUGGCCAAAUAUUCUCCAAGGUGCACAUGUACCCCCACGUGAAAGUAAUAUCUCCUGAAGCUUUCUUAAAUUGUUAGCUGCUACCUUAAGUCAUAAAUAAAGUUUUUAUUUAAAAAUACA